AUGAAGGUGCCGACAGUUACUGGAAGGAAAAUCAAGGACGCACAUCCAACGCCAACGAAGGAUAUCGGUGCGCAUGAUGACGACUCAAAUGUGCACAAUCAGGACAUCAAUCUGCAGCACAACGAGGACGAUCAUUAUGACGACUCUAUGCACCACGACCGUAACAACAACGAUGACCAUGACGACGACUCAAAUGACAUUAUUAUGCAGCACAACGAGGACGAUCAUUAUGACAGCUGUAUGGACCACGACCGUGACGACGAACAUGAGCAUGACGACGACGCAAAUGUUCAGAACCAGGACAUCAUUGGGCAACACAGACUGGACGACUCAAAUGUUCACAAUUAG